CGCGACCGGAAGCGGAAGUGAGUGCGCUGGUAAUCAUGGUGCCGCUGGGGUGGGGAAGGAGGUGCCGCCGCUGCCGGGAGCUCGAUGGGUUGUUACGGUCCCGCUUCAGGAUACCGCAGUGAGCGGCGGUGAGCCAUGGGGGAAAACAGUCCCGAAGGCAACGUUAUCUACUAUGAAGUGGACGAUGACGAAUUAACCCAAGAUGACAAUAUGAUGAGGUUUGCUGAUAAAAACGGACUGGUUUCUUCAUCGUCCGGGACGGUCUAUGAUAGGACAACUGUUCUCAUAGAGCAAGACAGCGUGCUGGAAGAUGAUGAGGAUGAAGGACAAUGUGGUGAUCACUUGCCUUUUUUACCGGAGGGUCAUGAAGAAGGAUUUCAUUUAAUAGCAGAUCAUGAAGGAAUGUCCCAGGGUUACGUGCAACAUAUUAUUUCUCCAGAUCAGAUUCACCUAACAAUAAAUCCUGGUUCAACUCCUAUGCCAAGAAACAUUGAAGGCGCAACACUCACUCUGCAGUCUGAAUGCCCAGAAACCAAGCUUAAAGAAGUUAAGAGAUACCAGUGCACUUUUGAGGGCUGUCCACGAACCUAUAGCACUGCUGGAAACCUGCGCACUCACCAAAAGACACAUCGUGGGGAAUACACUUUUGUCUGCAAUCAAGAAGGCUGUGGCAAAGCCUUUCUUACCUCUUACAGCCUCAAAAUCCACGUUCGAGUGCACACAAAGGAGAAGCCGUUUGAAUGUGAUGUGCAGGGCUGUGAAAAGGCAUUCAAUACACUGUACAGGUUGAAAGCACAUCAGAGACUUCACACAGGGAAAACAUUUAACUGUGAAUCAGAAGGCUGCAGUAAAUACUUCACAACACACAGUGACCUGAGGAAGCACAUUCGAACACACACAGGAGAAAAGCCAUUUCGGUGUGAACAUGACGGCUGUGGAAAGGCUUUUGCUGCAAGCCACCACCUCAAAACACAUGUUAGGACACAUACUGGGGAGAAGCCCUUCUUCUGUCCCAGCAAUGGCUGUGAGAAGACUUUUAGUACACAGUAUAGUCUCAAGAGUCACAUGAAAGGCCAUGAGAAAGGACAUACCUACAAUGCACUUCCCAAUAACAACGUGUCUGAGGAUACAAGCCACUCGCUUUGUCUGAGUGACUUAAGCCUCAUAUCAACAGAUUCAGAGCUGCGGGAGAACUCGAAUCUAACACACGGACAAGAUCUUAGCACAAUCUCACCAGCAAGCAUCUUUGAGUCUAUGUUUCAGAGCACAGAUCACACCACAAAUCAGGAAGACUCCAAGCAGACAGCUGCCUUGAUUGAAGCUUUUAAUGGUCAUGCAGACUCAGUCACUGCUGUUCCGCCUUCUGCAGGAGAUUCAGCAUCGUUGUCACUUCCACUUGUACUGCAGCUUGGCAUCUCUGAGCCUUCACAUUCAGCACUACAAGCCUCAGCAGCACCUGCUGCUCCCUCCUCCAUAGGAACCAGCUCACAGCAAGCUGCAUUUGGAAAUCCUGCAACUGUUUUACAAUCCCCAGAAGUGCCUGUACCUCACAGCACACAGUUUGCAGCCAGUCACCAAGACUUCCUGCAGCACACUCAGACACCACCGCAGCCCAUUGUACAAGGACUUUCAGUGGUUGCUGGGGCACCUGCCCCAACAGCAUCAAGUGCCACUGAGCCCCUGCCAGCUGUAGUUCAGACUGUGCCUGUUGGUGCGAACUCUGUUCUGACCAGCAAUCCAACCAUAACAAUUACUCCUUCUCAGAGCGCCGCUAUUCUGCAGUCCAGCAUCGUCAUGGGAGAUCAAAACUUGCAAUGGAUAUUAAAUGGUGCCACUGGUUCUCCACAAAGCCAAGAACAAAUGCCACAAGUUCCAAAAGUAGUAGAAAAGGUCUUUUUUACCACUGCAUUACCAGUAGCUGGCAACACAGGAAACCCUGUUCAGCAGAUCGGCCUCAGCGUUCCUGUCAUUAUUAUAAAGCAGGAGGAAGCCUGCCAGUGUCAGUGUGCCUGCCGAGACUCUGCCAAGGACAAAGUCACCAUUAAGAAGGAGAAUUCCUCACCUGAAUCGAAAGCUUCGGAGCAGCCAGCUCCCCAGCUGCAGCCUCAGACCUUUCCUUCCUCUUCCUCUUCCCCUUCUCCCUCACGUGGGCAGAGCAGUCAAAUAGUUAACCCUUCAGACUUACAGACUGAAACAUUAAGUGCCAUGGAUGUAUCGGACUUCCUGUCCCUCCAAAGUCCUGAAACCCCAUCUAAUAUAAUUCCAAUCGAAGCACUACUGCAGGGUGAGGAAGAAAUUGGUCUGAAUAGCAACUUCUCUAAAUGAAGAUGUUCUGGAUUUUCUUUUGCACCUGGAGGGUAAAACCUUCCUCUUAGAAGCAGAAACUGAAGGAUCGAUUCUUUUUUUUUUUCCUUCCUCUUUGGAAGUUUUGUGGCUUAUUUCUGCUUCCCAGAUGUCAUCUUAGUCACGUCCCAGGUACAUCCAUCUUUAAGAAUCUAUCUAAAAAUAGAAAAGGCAAAAAAAAAAAAAAAAAAAAAAGCUAAGUUAUAUAUGAACUGUUUCGGCUGCACUGUCUGUCACUUUUGCUUGUCAUAUGUGAACACGGAAGUUAAGGUUACUCGUGUGCAAAAAGAUUUUUAGAAGAAAAAGGGGGGUUGGUUUGUCUCCAAUUGCACAUCACUUACAUUUGGGUUUAAGGUACUGGCAGCGAGUGAGUCUUUGUUACAACUCCUUGGGUCUAUGAUUUUUCUUUUGUCUCUUGUGUCUGAUACUAACCAUGCACUAUAAGGGGAGCCCAGGACAGGAAUUUGCUGUAGCAGAAAAUGGUUUUGUUGUAGUAGAAGGUGAUUUAUCUGCGACUUCAUUGGAAUGCGAUUGUCACGUCACUGAGCUGGGAGUUGAUGCCUGGGUUUGCAUUGUACUGUGGCUGUUACUGAAGCCUACAGAAAUGUUUGGGGAGCUUAUUGCAGGAGAGCACGAGGUACUUGUGCUCCUUAUAGAUUGCUUCAUUUAAUUAACUAGGACUUAAGGUGUGGUGGCAGAUGUAUGGAAGCACUAUGGGAGCCCCUGCUCGCUCAGACUGGAGAGUCUGUUUGCCUGUCUUUGAAGGAUGCAGUGAGUUCCAGGUGUUGUCAGAUUGGUGCCUGCUGCUCUUUUGAUUCGUUUGGCUCUCUUCAGAAACGAGUCACCCUCUUAAACAAGCCCUCCAAUCGAUUGAUCAGGAGCGUGGUGCCUUUGCUGAUUGCUCUCAUCUUUUGUCAAGAAGAACUCUAGGAAAACUUUCAGAAUGAUGUGAUGGAACUUCCGUUUGGGUUCAGUGAGUUUCUCCUUCAGCUGCCCAGAAAUGCUUCCUCUUUUCUGUUAAGCUAUAUAGUUUCUGCCUGAAUCUGCCUCCAACCUAAUGCAAUGCCAGCUUUUUGUGCACGGGGCUAUUUCUUGACUAAAAAAUGUUACACGACGUAGUAGUUUUUCAUAUCAAACUAUAUUCUAACCUACUCAGGGUAAAUAAAACACAAACCCCCCCUUCCACCAAAAAGCCUGUAAUGUUGCAAUAAAUGCAGUCUCAUUCUAAA